AGGAAAUAAAAAAAGGGUUGCUUGUAUAUGUGUUUGGCUGGCGGAGAUAGAUCGAGACAGACAGACAGACACAAACAAAAAGAUCUCCUUCCCUUCUUCCCGUCCUUUGAGACGGCCCUCAUGCUCCUUGCUCUUCAGGGUGAUUUGGGUUUGAAUAUUAAGGUUCCUGAUUUAUUUUUCGAGACAUGGAAGGAGUUCUUUUCUGGUCAAGUUGCUUCAAGUAUCGGUUGUUUUCAUUCCAAGAAAUGCUUGACUGGCGAUUCUUCAUCCUUGGAGAUUUUCUUUUGGUUUCAUUUGUUAAUUGCACUUAGUUGUCUGUUCUCGUUUAAUGAUCAGCACUGUGUACGUGAUGCUUGUUUCUUCUGAGACAGAUGCUGCAUCUUUAGAAAACUUAUACAAUGCAUUGCUGACCCAAUAUCCAGUUAAAACAUCACAAAAUCCUCUUCUGGGGCUGAAAGAUAUAGAUUGAUGUCUGAGUUUUGGAUGCUGUCUGCAUCUUAAGUAUUUGAUUAGCAAUCACAUUGAAACAUUGCAGACUGUAGUCAUUUGUCAUUGUAUUGGUUCUCUUGAUGGGCAUUGGUGGUGACUGAACAUCAUUGAUCUGAAAGUUCUUUAACAACUCCUAUGUUGUUUAUAUUAAGUGACUAUUAUUAAAAUUCUGAAGUCUCGGGUCUCGUUGAUUUUAGCUGGAGAUUGAUGCUGUAGCUUUGAUCAACCAUUUUGUUUAGGCCUUGGAAGUGUCAGUAUGAUCUCCAGUACUUGUUCAUUUCAACCACCUGCAUCCCGUUACCAUUGCAAAACCAUGGGUCUAUCUACCAAUAAAGCUAUCCAGCACAUCCGUCAGAUUUUUUUGGUUUUUGCCAUAUUUUUGUCAUGACAGAGAACUGACAGUGGAGUUUGCUGGACAAGCAGAUAUCUGCAAUAUUUUGUACUCCGUACUAAGCAUUGUCUACUAGAGAUAAUUGCCAUAAAUUUUUUGUUCGUUUGUGUAUGCUUUUUGAAUAAAGCUGCGUAGGGUUCUUUGCAAACAAUGGAGAGAUACAAGUUAAUCAAGGAAGUUGGUGAUGGAACAUUUGGUAGUGUCUGGAGAGCCAUUAGUAAGCAAAACAGUGAAGUUGUUGCGAUUAAGAAAAUGAAGAAGAAAUAUUACUCUUGGGAGGAGUGUGUAAACCUUAGAGAAGUCAAGUCUUUACGAAAAAUGAAUCACCCAAACGUUGUGAAGCUUAAAGAAGUUAUUCGAGAAUGUGACAUUCUGUACCUUGUUUUUGAGUACAUGGACUGCAACCUUUACCAACUUAUGAAAAAGAGGGAGAAACUAUUUUCUGAAGAUGAAGUUAGAAAUUGGUGUUUUCAAGUUUUCCAAGGCCUUGCUUACAUGCACCAGCGUGGAUACUUUCAUCGUGAUCUUAAGCCUGAAAACUUGCUGGUAACCAAGGAUAUCAUCAAAGUUUCUGAUUUCGGCCUAGCCCGAGAGAUCAGUUCACACCCACCUUAUACUGAAUAUGUAUCCACUCGGUGGUAUCGUGCUCCUGAAGUCCUGCUGCAGUCUUACCUGUAUAGCUCUAAAGUUGACAUGUGGGCAAUGGGUGCUAUUAUGGCUGAGUUGUUCACUCUCCGUCCUCUAUUUCCUGGUACCAGUGAAGCAGAUGAGAUCUACAAAAUAUGCAGUGUGAUAGGUAGUCCAACCACUGAAUCUUGGGCAGAUGGACUCCAACUUGCUAGGGAUAUCAAUUAUGAGUUCCCACAGCUUGCUAGCGUAGAUCUCUCUGUACUGAUCCCAUCUAGAAGUGAUAAUGCCAUCAACCUUAUCAGAUCACUUUGUGAAUGGGAUCCUUGCAAGAGACCAACCGCAGCAGAGGCCCUUCAACAUCCUUUUUUCCAGAGUUGCUUUUACAUCCCUCCAUCCCUUCGCCCCAGAGCAGUAACUGGAACUCCUCCAUCUGCUGGAACCAGGGGAACUGUGGAUCGGCAAGUGGUCAAAAGAUACCCUGGUGCUUUGCCUAAUAAAAAACCCACUAAUAGCUUCUCUUCCCUGAAAUCACAUCCUUCUUUACCUUCAGGUGUGCAACGGAAGCUGGAUAUGGCAAGUGAGGAUGGAAUUAAGAACAAGAAGUCAUUGAAGACUACUCAACAGUCAAAAUAUCAACCACCAGGAAAAGAGAGCCCGACUUCUAUAAAGAAAGGGAGGACCGCACGUGGGGUUUCAGAAACAGCUGAGAAGUUGGCCAAUAUGUCUAUUGGUACUCGAAGACAAUCCUUGGGGCAAACCCGUCCGCCUCCAAUGAAGGCUGGGGUCAAUUGGAGUUCUGGAUCUGGAGACUUCCUGCUCAAGCCCGCCCAACAGAUUCCAACUGGAAGAACUUUGACGAGAAAAGUUGCUUGACAAGGUGCAUUUGCUGACUUUGGAAAUAUUUUGAUGAUCAACAUUUUGAACGUUCUAAUACAUAUCUUCCAAAGGGUAUGUGGGUUCGCACUUCGCCUGAUGACUUUAUGGAGUCUAACUUACGAACUGGUUCUGAUUUUAUUAUUAUUAGGUUUUAAGUCUUUGCAUUGUGGGGCAUACUGCGUGUACCCUUGCUUCAGUUACACUGAUGCUUUUUAAUCUUUGAAUGCUUUUCAAUAAUGUGGAAUGUUGAACUAGUGAUGGCAUGGUACACAUGCAUCAUAAUUUUGUAAUGGAAAAAUAGCUGUAUUUCAAGUUCAAAAUUUGAGUUCUGAUA